GGCUCUGUGGACCUUUAACUACUAACGCCGCCAGUCUCACUGUUGCCACACAGCUCACUUUAAACCCGACAACAGCACCGUAGCUGAGAGAAGAUGUCUCCAUUGACGAAAAGUUAAACAUAAGCGUAGAUCCCGGUGAGAGAUGUAAUCAUUGCAUGCUGCAUGUCUGAUAACCACCCAUCACUACCUACACUUCCUCUCACUUCUGAUGCAUGGCCUCACCCUUUUUUUGCAUGUGGUGCUGUGAAUGAGGCAUUAUGAGGAAAGACAGGGAUAACCCUCUGGCACUGUCAUCCAAGAAACCGAGCCAGGACCAGACGGACUAUGGACGAGAGCUAGAGAGGCUGCGUGCUGAUUUGGAAGCCGAGAAGCACCAAAAGCAACGGGCCCGUGGCCAACUCGGUGUGGAGCUUCGGCACCUGCGAGAAGCAGCAGAGAAGGAACAGCAGAGAGCAGUGAGGGAGCUGACGGCCCGGCGAGGGUGCCAAAAGGACAGAGACUCUCAGAGACACGGGCAUCUCCUGGCUGAGGAGGUGAAUAUUAAAUACAGUGGACAGCACAGCAAGGUAGAUUCCACGGGGAAAAAGGCUUUUUGUUUUUGCAGCGGACAAACAUAUACAAAGCUGGAGCGGUUGCUGCUGACGCUGUACAAGAAAAUAAAUGGUGAGCAGGCAGCUCAUAAACUGCAUCACCGGCAGGAUUUUGAGCUGGAAAAGGCACUCUUCCUCUGCCACCUGCUAGAGGCCCAUGGGAGACUGUUGCAGGGGGCGCAGAGAGCAGGACCCCCCAGCUGUGUUUUCAAAAGCCUGUCAAGGAAACCAGCUCAGAAGGACAGCAGUAACUCCUGUCAGACGACACCUCUCUUAACUUACUCCAAGGCUUCGCUACAGAGAUCCCAGGGUGCCUCCCACUCAGCUAAAAGGAAAACCAAACAAGAUCAGCGUGAGCAGCCUUCAGGCUCGGGCUUGUGUGCAGCUGACCCCUGCACCACCACUACUGCAGCCGUGGACACCUGUCAGAGCAGCUCUCUGAAAAUUUGUCACCCACACAACACUCCCCAUGCAUACUGGGACGAGCGGCCCUCCUCCUGCGCUGAGUCCUCUGGGUCAGACGAGUCAACGCCCUCCAAAUGCAUGGACAGAAACAUGGAGAGAGUGAUGUAUGACCUGUGCACUCGGCCUGAGCAGCCCGAGCCUGCACCGGCACACGCAGACAUGGAGAGCCGAGAGGAGGUGGAAGCUGUCGGGCCACAACAGCAGGAGUUGAGGGGGUCGGGGGAGCAGGAUAAUAAGCAGCACGGGCUCUUGGACAAGGCAGUCGCAACCACUGCUAAUAUCACUCCAACGUCACUGCUAGGGAAGAGGCACCACUCGCUUUACGCCAACCUCAGUGGUUAUGAAGUGGAGGGGAUACGAAAGAAUGGUACCGACUGUGGCUUCCUGGUGCGGCAGAACUCUGAACUCCUGCGAGCCCUGGACGAGUUGGAGAAGACUUGCACCACACUGAGGGAAGAGAAUGGCCUGCUGCGGAAGAGCAGCGCCCCAGAGACGGAGGAGAAGGUCAGGCGGCUGAGGAGAAAGAACACAGAGCUGGCUGUUCUCGCCAAGAGGCUGGAGGAGAGGGCUCGGAAGCUGCAGGAGGCCAACCUCAAAGUGGUGAAUUCCCCGUCAUUGAUGAGACCUGGAUCAGUGGAACAGUACAAGAGGGCGUUUGCCCGUCAGCGAGCUCGUGAUCUGGCCCAGCACGCCGAUGCACUGCUGUGUAAGGACAAGGAGAUUGCUGCCCUGCAGCAGGAGUGCAGAGAGCUGGAGGCACGGCUGGGCACCACUAAGGGCUCCCCUCUUCCAUCUGGCCGAGUGGAAUUUGAGAAGCUUCUCAGGGAGUCUCAGAAGGAGGUGCUGCGGCUCCAGAGGCAACUCUCCGUCACAUCAUCCAGGCAGCAGCACAACCAAAGCCCCGACCACGGUGGCCCGGAGAAGUCAGGGGAAAUUGCGAAGGAGGAGGGGGAAGAUAAGGUUGUAGGAGAGACCCCGUGUGUGGCAUUAGAUGAAGCUCCAUCCAGGUGUGAGAAGACUCCCGGAGAGGAGGAGGAGUCGGGGCAGCAAGUGACGCCCCUACCGGGCCUUAGCCCGACCCCCUCCCAUCAGGAGGAGCACACAGAGGAGCAGCAGCGCCUACAGUUUCUGGAAAGUGAGCUGAGCAAGAAGAGAAAAGAAUGUGAAAAUCUUGAGCAUGAAGUAAAGAAGCGACAGAAGAGAUGUCUGGAUUUGGAGAGCCAGCUUGAGGAUGAGCGAGGCAAAAAUGAGCAACUAAAGGAGGAGGCAGAUCUCCUCAGGAGGAAGGCACAGCUGCUCGACCAGACUCGGGCUGAGAAUGAGGAGCUGAGGGAAGAUCUCUCUGAAGUGACCGCUCAACACAAUUCCGUUCUCGAGGAGAACCAGAGACUCCGUGCCAAACUGGAGAACCUAGAGCAGGUCCUAAAGCACAUGCGAGAGGUCGCCGAGCGAAGGCAGCAGCUGGAAUUGGAACAUGAGCAGGCACUGGCUAUCCUUAAGUUCAAACAGGAUGAGAUCAAGCGGUUACAGCGGGCUCAGUUAUUCGCCAAGAGGGAGCAUGAAGGAGUGGUUCAGAUGCUGGAGGAGUUGACUCAGCUUGUGUUGCGGAGGGAGCUGUCAAAGGUACGAGAGCUGGAGGAGAAAUGUCGCAGCCAGAGCGAACAGUUUGGCUUGCUGUCCCAAGAGUUGGAGAAGUUUCGACUGCAGGCCUCGAAGGUGGACUUGGCCAGCUCUAGCCUCCUCAACAACCCCAGCCUCUCUGUUCUGACCAACGGGGUGGGCCUGACGACUGAACGAGACUGCACAGGUGGCUCAUGGGAUAUGGUGUCCCUGGGUGAAAUAGCCUUCUGGAGUCUUGAGGGAGGUGACUCUCUCUCCUGCCCCGAGGGUAACGAUCCGCUCGAUGUGGCCGCCGCUCUGCGCAUGGGGGCCACUCCCCACGCUGCAGGGCUGUCCAGGGUGGAGCGCUCGCCCGUCACCAAGCACCGAGAGCUGCCCACCAUCAGCGUCAGCAAGUCAGGCUCUUCCUCCAGCAAGUCGGAGACCACACACCUCACCCCCAAGUCCGACACCCACCUCAGUCCGCACAAAUCAAGCCCAACACAUGAGGUGGACACUGCCAGUGAAGUAGAAGAGUUGGACAUUGACGUUGCCCCGGCACCUUACACAGCCAGCAGAGGAGCAGCAAAGCUUCAGGUUUUUAUUGCAAGAUACAGCUAUAAUCCUUAUGAUGGCCCCAAUGACAACCCUGAAGUGGAGCUGCCUCUCACCGCUGGAGAAUACAUCUAUGUGUACGGUGACAUGGAUGAUGACGGCUUCUAUGAAGGAGAGCUCAUGGAUGGAAGGAGAGGGCUGGUCCCCUCUAACUUUGUGGAACGGGUAUCGGACGACGAUGUAAUGAGCAGUCACCAUCCAGAGACAGUGGACGCGUCCCAUAACUCCCUGCUAGACAGCAGCCUGCACAGUGCCAGCCACCAGCAUCACCUCCACACGGGCGUCAGCGCCUCAGAAAGGACAGAGGCCACUGCUGCCUCUGGCCCUGCCUCAGCCGCCUCAGAUUCAGCAUCGGCCUUGGCUGUCCCAGCCCCCCUCACCAACGGCCUGGACUUGGAUUUGGAGGAGGUGGGAGUGGACAUUGUGCCUUACCCACGUAAGCUCACCCUCAUCAAGCAGCUUGCCAAGAGUAUCAUCAUCGGCUGGGACCCUCCGCUGGUGCCGGCUGGGUGGGGCAAUGUGUGGAGCUACAAUGUGUAUGUGGACCAGGAGCUGCGGCUCAAUGUGCCCUUCGGCUCCCAGACCAAAGCGGUGCUGGAGCGGCUAGACAUAAACCUCAAGGCCUACCGUGUGUCAGUGCAAAGCCUGACAGAGAAGGGUCUCUCUGACCAGCUCCGCUGCACCCUGCUGGUCGGUCGGGAUGUUUGCGUGGCGCCCACGCAGCUGCGUGUGGAGAGGGUCACCGCCACCUCUGCCAACCUGACCUGGCUGCCCAGCAACAGUAACUAUGUGCACAUUGUGUCCUUGAAUGAGGAGGAGUGUGAGCUGGUAAAGGCUGGCUGCUACUCGCUGUGCCUCAAUAACCUCUUGCCCAGCCUGCAGUACACAGUCAAAGUGGAGGCGCGGCCGCAUCGCACGCCAUGGGAGUUACCUGUGGAGCGACGUGAACACAGAAGCGCUACAAUCACCUUCAACACACUGAUGGCAGGCCCCCCUGAUGCUCCUCUGGAUGUACAGCUGGAGCAUGGUCCCUCUCCAGGCAUUGCUCUCAUCAGCUGGCUGCCCGUCACUAUAGAUGCUGCUGGGACCUCCAAUGGAGUUCGUGUCACCGGAUACACUAUAUAUGCCGACAAGAAAAAGGUGCUGGAGGUGUCUUCCCCGACUGCUGGCAGUGCCCUGCUGGGCCCCUCUCAGAUCCAGUCCCUGCAGGCAGCUCAGGAGCUCACUGUCCGCACCAUGUCCGCCCACGGGGAGUCCUGUGACUCCUUGCCAGUAAAUGUGCCCUGCAAGCUGGCUGCCAUCAUGGCAGGCCCAGCUAUCACCACCCCAGUUGUGCCACCGCUGCCCUGCACCCCAGUAGGUCCCAGUAUCCUGCCCCUAUCGCCAUCCUACGGAAACUCUGCUGCCAAAGUCUCCAUGCUGCCCAGCCCGUUGCCAUCAGACAUACAUAUCACUGGCCUCACCGAGGAGGCUGCUGCCAACCCGUCCAAUGCUCUCCACUCAGAAGAUCUUCUCUCAUCUGCCUCGUAUGUGAAGGCCUGGGCCAACCCCUCAUCUGCUGCUGCCUUGGCUGUGUGUGAGGCCACAUUACCAGUAGCCUCCCCCGUUACUCCAGUGGUAAAUGUGACCUCCCCCAUCGCCUCAGCGCCUCCACUGUCUCCAGUAGCAACACCAGCGCCUCCACAAACACCAGUAAUGGCAGCAGCACCCGUGUUGGAUCAGCGCAGAGACACCGACAGCCCCGGAACAAUCCGUCCGUUCCCGUCUAUCACGGAGUUCAUCGAGGACCCCAGUGCCAAGCUCGGGACUCCUGAGCGCAUCCCUACCCCUCCCAAAGCCCCGAUCACAGACCUCCUUAACCCUCAGGACAUUAACCUCCUGCGACCCCUCAGCACUUCGCCACUGGAGUCAGAGGUAGAGGAGGAGCGAGAGAACACCCGCCUGGUGUCCAUCGAGGAGUUCUUGAGGCAGGACCAAGAGCCGGUGUACUGUAUUAGGAUGCAGAGUUAUGGCAGCGGGCUUGUGGAGCCUCCCACCGACUACCAUGCAGACAACAGCCGCUCGGACCUGUCUGACAUCCUGGAGGAGGAGGAGGAGGACCUUUACUCUGACCACCUAGGAGAAGCACCAGCCAGAGGAUACACGGUUGGAGCUAACAGGUCGUGCAAGUUGGACCCACCAGACAGUGACGAGGAGGUUCUUGAAAAGAUCCUUAAGUUGCCUCCUCAGAUUCCCCAAGGCAAGCAGCUGUUCAGCAUUCCCGAGGUCACAGAAGAGGAAGACAGCAGUCAGGAAGACCCCUCAGGCCGCCGCGGCCAGCCUCGGCCAAGGCCCCGCCACCUUCACCCCAGAGACCCAGAACGCCUCCAUCAUGCCCCCCAGCAUCACACACAUCACCCCAACCCACACGUCCCCCCUCACCAUCACCACUUUAACUGGGAUCCCAGAUCCCUAACCAAAGAGCCUUUACUCAAACACGGACCCUUGCAGGUCAAGCCUAAGACGCAGCACAGGGUGCACUAUGCAGACACGGUGGACACCAUCAGUUAUCCUGAAGAAGACCUGAGUUUAUAUGAGGGUCCCACCAGCAGGCGGGUCGUAACCCGCUGUCCUCCCCAGCUGACCCACAACAGCAAAUCACUGCUUCGAGGGCUAGGGGACCGCCUUAGGAGGGAGGCCAUGCUAAGGAGUCAGAUGGCUGUCGCCGCGUUGACCAGCCCUGGCCAUGGCCUUCCCCCGCCAAGACCCUACCCAGUCAGCAAAACAGUACGGACUGUGAGGUCACCUAUUAAUCGCGGGGUGGAGAUCGAUGUGGAGUACGGUACAGAUGACAACGAGGAGCCCAUGGAGUACAUCCCCGGGGAGGUGAUGGUGGAACAAAUGAGCUCUGAGUGGUGGGUGGAGGGGGCUAAAGUGGAGCACUGCAGACCUCCGCACCGCCGAGGGCCAAAAGCUGAUCCAAUGGAGCCCAGCCAGAUCCCUCCAGUUGAGGCAGGUCCAUCGUGGGGAGGCCAGGCAGAGAUUUCUUGUAAACCAGCAUGCUUGCAGAGCAGGCAACUCAAAGGUGGUGUUGAAUCAUCAAAGAUGAAAGCAGAAAGUGACAUACGCAUCUUCGUAGCCCUCUUUCCAUAUGAUCCUGCCAGCAUGUCACCCAAUCCUGACGCUGCUGAGGAGGAGCUGCCCUUCACUGAAGGACAGAUCAUCAAGGUUUACGGAGAUAAAGACGCAGACGGGUUCUACAGAGGGGAGUCCGGCGGCCGUCUGGGCUACGUUCCAUGCAACAUGGUGUCAGAGAUCCAGGUGGAGGACGAGGAGACCCGACUGCAGCUACUGCAGCAGGGCUUCUUGUCUGCAGCAGCCUCCAUGGACAAGAUAGGCACUCGCACACACGCACAGCUUCCACGUCGCCCUGUUCCACCGCCGAAACCGAGACGAUCCAAGAAAGGUGUGAUGAUACUACUUCAGGCAGGAUUAUUCUCAGCCAGGGGCUCUAAUUAUUCUGUGAUUGUGCUGAUGCUCUUUUCCCCUCACCCUCGUCUCUUUCCAGUGGAGUCUGCAGCACUCUGGGAGGAGAGCGUAGACUCCUCCAGUCAAGAUCCCAGCCAGGCUGCUGCUGCCGCUGCUGCGCCUGUGGAGAACCCAGCCCCAGGAGCUCGCAGGAUGGUCGCCAUCUUUGAUUACGAUCCACGAGAAAGUUCCCCCAACACUGACAUCGAGGCUGAGCUGACCUUCAGCGCAGGAGACGUCAUACAUGUGUUUGGUGACAUGGACGAAGACGGCUUCUUCUACGGAGAUUUGAAUGGACACAGAGGGUUAGUCCCCUCCAACUUCCUGCAGGCCAUACCAGAUGAUGCCCCUGCAGAACUUCUCUCUGCCCACCCUGCACCAGAACCCAAGAAAGAGCCACAGGAUCCUCAGACAUCCUCUACAGAGCCACCGGACCCCGGGCCCUCAACACUAGAAGAGGCUUUGCCCCCCCAGACUGAACCUCCUUCCCCAGACACGACAGAGCACACGGACCAGCUGGCGCCCGCUGUGAGCCCCACGUCAGAGCCGGACCCGGCUUCAGGUCCGGCUGCAGUGGAGGGCUGCUGCUCCCCUCCUGCCCCCCCUCCCACAGACAGCUCUGUGCAGGGAAAGAAGAAGAAAGGCUUUUUCUCCAAAGGCAAGAGGCUGUUCAAGAAGCUGGGAUCCAGCAAGAAAGAAUGAGAGUCAGGACAUCUGACUGGGAAUACUUGCGUCACAUUGAAAGCACUUUUUUCUGUCUGUACUGUUAGUGUCACUCGAUAGUCGGUGCAGUUAGCAGCUAUCACAUCUAAUACCUGAUGCUUUAACCAUCAGUAAUUAUACAUUUGCCUUAGAGCACUGCUAGACCAGCUGGUAAAUAUAGAGUACUUUAAAACGCCAACGUUCAGCUUGCAGCAUCACGAGAGCAUGUAGACGUGCAUGUUGACGUGAGCAAACUCACAAAUAUACUCUCUAAAUACUUCCUAAUGAUCCAAGCGUUUGCAAAUUUUCAACUCAUUAGAGGCUUUAAUGCUUAAAACACUAAGUAAUCUCCCAGGAGAUCGGAUUUAUUUAGAACAGUCUAUGAUAUUGAACAGCAGAGCAGACUUCAUCCCAACUCAGAGACAGCUAAUUAAAUGUUAGCUUUAAUGCUCGUGUACUGGUGCCACUUUAUUUAUUUGAAGCAAACAAACAGAAGCAGCCGUCUAUCUCUUCCUCUGCGUGACUAUGAGAAUGCACUAUCCAUCCUGAAUGGAUGUAUUUUAAAUAUGUCUGCUUCCCUCACCUGUGUUUCUUGUCUUUAAGAGUAUUUAUACAGUACUUUGUACAGAACAUGUUAUUUAUUUGUAUCAGACUCUUGCCCGUAUCAUCACAUUGCAUGAAGUGGCAUCAGGGCAGGAGUGUCGUCGUGUAGAGCUGUCCCAGACAGUCAGGGUCCAUUUUCAUAUGUGUAGUUUAGAGCGGAUUCAUUUUGGGGGUUUGAGGUUAACGGUCAUCCUGUUUGUUGAAGUUUGAUGUAAAGAAUGUGAAGGGUUGUCCUUCUUUGUCGUGUGUAGAUGAAGUCCACUAGUGAGACUGAAAACAGAUGCCUUUCUCCGACACUAACACAGGAACUCUGGACGGUUGAGACAACAGUCACGACCGGCCUGACGGUUACAUACUACAUAUAAUCUGUGUGUGUGAGUGUGACAGAGACCUGCCGUGUACAGAAAUAUCACAGCAUGAGCGCAUCAGCAGGCUGCUUUGUGAGCUAACAGAUCUGCAACUACUGAUCAUCAUCAAUUAAUCCUCCAUCAAUCAAUCCUUUGGUUUAUGAAGCAUUAAAAAGCAGUGAAAAUGCUCACUACACUUUCCCCAAAGGCUAAAAGAAGAAAGAAGCUCUAACUCUAAAACCUGUUCUGUUUAUGAAGUGCAGGUACCGACCAUCCAGUGUUGGUACGCAGCCCUGCCUCUGUCAAUAGGAAGCAAAGACGGUGGUUCGGACCGAUUACACAACCCUGCACCAGUUUAAGGAUGAGGCUAAAGGAGGCAGAGGGAGUGAAAGGGACGGUAAAUCUGGUACAACUAUCUAAAUAUGCUAACCAGCUAAAUAUCAUCAAGCCUUCACUUUGUAAAGUUAUCAUGGUGUCAGCUUUGGAGCCACAGUUCCCAUCAUCUGGGACGUACAGUUUGAGCAGCAUUUUGUUGUCAGACUGACACCAUUCAAAGUUUGCCAGAUGAGCUGUUAGCGGUUCCAGUCUGCUGGGCACCCAUGAGUGAGCAGACAGCUCCCACAGAAUGACUUUAAAACUGCAGAAAACUUUAAAAUGUUGUUACUCUCAGGAACUUCUAGAGUUCAUUUUACAGUGUUUUCCAAGUGGAUUUAUGGUUUAUAUCAGUAGAUUAUAGUAUUAGAAUAAGUUCACGGGAAUAGCAAAAGCUUUUACAGUCAGUUGAGGAAAAGACUUCAUGCACUUCAUUCACCUAAAUGUCACCGUGGUGAGUCACCAGAUGUAGGCUGCAGGUAGAAGCCUGCCACCGGCCCAACACUUCAGUCGGCUUCCUGCUCUGCCUCCACUGUCUGCGUGUUACCGUUUCCUUCAGUACGAGAAACGACCAGAGCGACCUUUGAGCAGCAUCACACCACGCUGACAAUUUCAAGUUGUGCAGAAAAGUUGGGUCGUGCAGUGAGACAUCCCUGCUCAUUGUUUUCUGUGGAUUUAAACAAUCAGCCAUUUACGUUUCUCUUGUUGUCUCCACAUUUGGACAGCAUGGCCAGUAUAAGCUGACGUUAAAGAACAAUCACAAGCUGAGGACGUCUCUCCCGUUUCUUCAUAUUAGGCAGCACAGUUUAUUCUCUAAGGAGCAGGUCAUGAAAACAAACCUCAUUUGCUUUUUCUUUUUUUUUUGCAACCUUUCAAACAUUACUUUGCUUCACCUGAACGACAACUUUAUGGAAACCGUCGUCUUUAGGAGGUGCAUCUUCACAUUACUUCAAUCAGGAAGCUUCCCUUACCUACCUGACUGUGUCUCUGUCCAACCUCUGACUGAGUUGUUGUUUCAGCGCUGACAUCCUCCAUCUCAUGCCUCAUUUCUGUCCCUCCUCACACCCUCUACCUUCAUGUUUCCGUCCAUUAGGAUUAAUUGAUCAAUCAGCUUUUUGUUGCAGCUCUUGCUAAUUUGUGCUCCAAAAUUACAAACUGAAAAUAUUCUGGUUUGGUCCAAUAUCUAGAUUUGAAUGAAACUGAUGCUGAACUUGUCGUCUGUAAGCCUUUGGGAUUAAUUAUGGUUUGAAUGUAGUGUGUGUGUGUGUGUGUGUGGCAUGUUGUGUGUUCUUUCAUACAAGACAACACCCAGUACAGCACUUCAUGCGUUUGAGGCGAGCAGUUUUUAGUCGUGUGUCGCUGGUGGUUUGUGGCGCUGCUGAGAUAGACUCUGCAAUACGUACACCUUCAUGUAUCUUCUGUUUUGCCUCCGUGUUCGGGGCAGGAUGAAGUCGUGGUGUGUGAGACAGGCUGAACAACGUUACACCUCCAUCAGUUCAUGCAGUGGCGAUGACCGUCUCCGUCCUCACGUUUGCGUCACCACCACUGUGUUAAAUAGUGCAACUUUAGCAAUACAGCGUGUUGUGUACUGCAGCGGGGGAACGGAGCUGUUAGCGGUUACUGAAGUGUAGUUCAGGUGUGAGUGUGCGGAGCAGGCCUUAGUUUGUCAGUCGCUCGGUCCGGUUGUGUCACACAGGGCUGUUAGGUCACUUCUCAGGUUUUUCACUCGUAGUUUCUUUUCACUGCUGAGCCGCCCGUCUCCCAGCGUGGCCGUCGAGAAGCAGCAGAAUAUGCCAAAAUCUUAGGUGCUUUGCCUGUUACCAUAGCGACGAGAGACCGAGCAUCCCCCGAGCGUUUGUCAGCGGACGAGACUGUGGGCUGAAGGGACGGGAGGCCUGAUCCCUCGCAUGGGGGUUGCGGAGGCUCGAGCGGGAGGCAGACGUGUUAUUUUUUCUUUACUGUCAUGAAUGUUUGAAUUUGUCAGUGUUACAUAAAGGGAGCAUGAUGAUGCCAAGAAUAAAAGGGAGGGCGGGUUGUCGAAGACACUUUAGAUGUGAAGUAGCCGGGAUAGAGGCAAGACUGAGGCUGUACUGUAUGUUUCCUCUUUAUUUAUGGUUUUUCUUUUUAAAAAACAAAACAAAAAAACAAAAAAGAGUGGAUGCUCAAAAGUUGCCGAAAUGUACAGCGAAUAUUUCUACUGAUCUUGUAUUUAACGGCCUUUAAUGCACACGUUUUCCUCUGCUGUGUAGUGACUUAGGCGGCUCCACUGUCGACUGAAUAGGACCUCGACCCAUAUAGGUAGUACUUUAGCUCAGCCGAUCAUAUUUAGCCUUACACGAAGACCUUGUUUAGUCUUAAUAUGUUGUUUACAGGAUGUUUAUCGACUGCAUGCAUACCAAUGUUAUACCCAUGUUCGGCCUUAUUUAUGUUGCUGUCACGUUUCCGUUUUUUUCUAGGCUGACUCGUCUACAGUGUUGUAGAUUGUCGAUGCAGUGGAGGAGAAGCUGUAGUAGCUGUCUGUACAUACUGAACAGUGUCGGGACUUGUGGUAUAUUUUCAUACAGUGCGGGAUUUUUUGUUUUUUUCUUUUGUCUUUCCUGACAUGCAUUCAUUGUUUGAAACCAGUGUAAGAUUGAACUUUUUAUAUGAUAUAUUAAUGUUUUUAUUACCCUUUUUGGAAGCUCAUCUGUAAAUAUUUUUUGUUAAUAUUGUUUUUCAGAUUUUCUUUUUUCUUUUGCAUGUCCGAGCAGCGUCGACGGAGGAACAGUGUGUAAAGACGUAGUCCGGCAGAGGACUCUUUGACUUGAAAAUUGUGAUGGUUUCUUUCAAUAUGGAUCUUUUUACAGGAAUAAAGUAUGUAUAUUUUCACAGAAAAAAAAAAACAGUGUG